CAUGUGCGCUACAUCAAAAUAAAUCGCCAUUUUCUGCUAUCUCUCCAGAUGAUUUUAAUAAGUCCAGGAUGACAACAUUUGCAGAUCACUUCUGGGGAGAGAAGAACAAUGGAUUUUUUGUGUUGUACCAUAAUAUGAAACAUGGCCAAACAGCGUCAAAAGAAUUUAUUGAUUUCCUUAGGGAAAGCUGUAAGGUGGAAGAGAGCUAUAGCACACUACUUAACAAGCUUGCCAGGACAGCCGCCGCCAAUACGCAAGUCGGGGAUACGAAAGGAGGCAUAUAUGACACGUUCGCCCCGUUCUGGACAGUGCUGAAGACACUAGCUGAGAAGCUAGCUUCACUUCAUACACAGCUUGUACAUAGCUGGACAGACCUGAUGAAGGAUGUGGCCCGCUACAAUGAAGACCAACACAAACGACACAAAACUAUGAAAGAAAGUGAGUCAGGAACACAAGAGAUAGUUCAUUCCAUACAGCAAACCACAACUUCAUUACAUAAAGCUAAAGAAUUAUACCAUACGCGUUGUUUAGAACGGGAACGACUAAAGAGAGAAUCUGCAUCCCAAAAAGACAUGGAAAAGGCGGAAAUUAAAUGUAAAAAAGCUAGUGAUGAUUAUAAAAAUUUAGUGGAUAAAUAUGCAACUGUUAGGAAUGAAUUUGAAACCAAAAUGUUGGGGUCCUGUAAGCACUUCCAAGAGCUACAGGAAGAACAUAUAUGUCAGAUGAAAGACUUCAUUGAUACUUAUGCCAAAGCCUGGGAGAAUGAGCAUGCAGUGAUGGGCCAGGUUCACAAAGAAUUCAAAGCAAGCUGUGAUGAAUUAUCUGUACAGAAAUUACUAGAAAAUUUUAUUUCUUCCAAAAAAACUGGAACAGAAAAACCAGUCAUGCGUUGUUGGGAGUACACAGGUCCGAUAGAGUUUGUAGAACCAGACCUGUCGAGUCUACCUGCUCCACGCCCCAUGUCGCCCGAACCCAAUGACAAGCGGGAAAGCUUUUCGGAGAAGCGGGGUCAAGAUUCUUCUUCUGCUUCUAAAGCUCAUCGUUCAUACUCCAGUGGGAGUCCCAGUCCGGUCUUGUCCGACCAACCGGGUCCUCUCAGUCGCAGUGUAAAGCUCCGCGUGUCCAGGACAUGGUUCCUCAAAAAGAAGAAGGAAAAGAAAAGAAAGAAGGAGGAUAAAGCGGAUACAGAAUCUGUAGAUACACAAGAAGGGGCUACACCAGAGAUUGACGAUGAGGGUUACCAGAUACGUCCUGAUGACCCUAUGGAGAACAAUGGUGACAAAACCAGUUGGUAUUCCAGCGACAGUGACACAGAUUCAGAUGAUGACAACAAAAAGAAAAUCAAAGUGGAGAUCCGGCCGCUCAGCCCCAACGGUGCCCCACCGAUCACCAGUAAUGUGAAGGAUAUAAAGGCCUCUGUGGAGGCUCUAAGACUCUCACCUAUAGCAAAAAAGCGAAGUCAAACACCAACUGAUAAGAAAAUGAAAAGGUCCCAGUCUGAGUCGGACACACUAGAUUCCCUGAAGCCAGCAGGUCUGGACUUAUUAAAUUUAGAUUUUUUUGCUUCAUCCAGUGCUUCCACCCCCACCGGUGGGGGCUAUAACCUCCCCUCCCCACUAUCCCCUAUGGCAGACACCCGACUACACAAUAAUGCACUGUCCAGUGCUGGCACCACCCCUAACAACAUUACAAAGCUUAAGCGUACCCCAAAGAGAGUCAAUGUAAGCGGACUACUUAAUAGCAGUAUAGGAAGUGAUGGGGUAGCAGUCAACCCCCUCCCCUCCCCAUCUAGUCACAUCACCUCACCUCCAGGAGGGGGCAUUACUCUACCACCAGCUGCCAUCCCCAGGCCAUCAUCCCGUAACAAAGGCAUCAUACCUCCAGUUCCAUCACGGCCCUCAGGUAGGAAUAGUCCCGCCUCCUUAAUGGGCCGAUCAGAUAGCAUGACCUUCAGCACAACCUCCAUGUUAGUGGGCUCGUCUCGAGGGCCAAGUCCGCUCACCAUUGGCAAGACUGACACUGUACCUCUGGCCAUCGCAUUCACAGAGAAUAUCAGCGCCUACUUCAAGGGCACAGAUGCUACACAGUGUAUGGUGAAGGUCAUCGGCAAUGUCAUGAUGUCAUUUCCUGCUGGUGUUGUAAAAGUGUUCAUGGAAAAUCCUGCUCCAGCUACACUGAGCUUUCAAAUCAAAAAUAUAUCUCGUCUUAACAACAUCAUCCUUAAUAAACAAUUAAUUAUAGAAGAAUCCCACAAUGCUACAGAGGACUGUACGUUAUACACUUUUAACAUGUCAGCUCUCACAGAUCACCUCCGAAGUCAGGGCGAGGAGAACAAGUCAGCAUCAUACUUCAAUAUAGAUAUACUCAAAUACCAGGGGAAACCCCAGCCUGGUGUAGAGAGCUGUCCCCUUCCUCUGGUAGUGUACUGGAAGUGUGAGGACAAGCACACGGACUAUAGGCUAGACUACAAGUACAACCCCAAGUCCAUGUCCAUGCCGUGUGCCCUAAAGAACAUCACAGCCACUGUGAUGGUCAACGGAGGAGUGGAGAGCAUGCAGAGUAUUCCUAAUGGAAACUGGAAUGAAGAAAAUCAACGUGCCACCUGGAAGCUAAAUGACCUAGCAGAGCUAAGUGAGGAAGGUAGUGCUGGAAGUAUAAGAGCCAAAUUUAACCUCAAGUCAGGGCCCUCCAAACCUAGCACAACAGCAAUGACCUUUAUAUCAGAGGGUGCCUCUCUGUCAGGGAUAGACUUUGAGUUAGUGGGCACGGGCUACAGGAUAUCUCUGUCAAAGAAACGCUUUGGUGCAGGCAAGUAUGUAGCAGAUCCGGACCUGACCCAGUCCAGUGUAUGAUAUUGAUGGCCGUCUCCACGGCGACUUAGCAACAUUAACUCAGGUGACCUCCCCUAGAUCGGACAGCAAGGGCAGCGGGACACCAACUCUGUACACAACAGACAACAUGGGAGGUGUAACUCACGAUCUCGCAGGACGCGAUCCCAACAUACGAUACAGCAGGGCACUCACAGCUUGCACGUUCAUUCUCUUUUAGUUGUGUGUUAGAAUGUUUAAAAACCAUUCCUGCAUAGUUAAGGUUCAUAAGGGCUGUUUUUGAUUGAAGAAUUACCAAAGGAUAUAUAAGGUUUUGAUUAAAUAACAUAAAAAUGCAAUAUAUUAUAUGACAGAGUGAUUUGUUUUAGCCAUUAUACCCAUCAUAGUUAUAUUGUGAGAUGGUGAGAAGUGGACAGGAAUGCUUUACUACACAGAACUUCAGUGUGUCCGUGUGUGUUGGUGAAAUAACUGCCAUCAUGUUGUUACCGUUUGUCAUCCAUAACAUACUCAAGACAAAAUAAAGUUAUCAAGAAUCCCUAGUCACAAAGUACCACGGCUAUUAAUCGUCGCCUGUUGGCCUUGAGCCUCCAUACUUUACCAUUCCAUUACUUCUGUAAGUCAUUACACUAGAUCAGCCAGUGUUGUGGCGUAACGUCCGUGGUAACCGGAGUAUUGUUCUUCGAACAUGAGAUGUUGCAUGAGUGAAAGAGCGUUUUGAUUAUAAGAUUUUGUAGUAAAAGGGGAUAAAUCAUCCUUGAUCAUACUUGAUGUUGAGACCAGUACAGUUUGCUGGGUUAUCAAUUUUUUUUUUUUUUUUUAUAGAUUUAAGUGGGGUGGAUACAUGUUAUUUGUUAGAUUUGAAAAGUAUGCCUGAUAAAAGUGAGAGUCAGAAAUACUGUAUUAGUUCUCAAAUUUUAUGAAGGCAAGUUAACUGGAGAAUUUUAAAUAUUGUUUUCUAUUUCUUAACAUUAUAGCAGGUGAAUGAUUCAGGCCAAGUGAACAGUUAGUUUACCCACACCUAUGAGACUGGCUGGUACAGCACAUCCAUACCAAAAUCCUACACAACUCACAUCUACCAUUUACCUGGUUCUGUUUUCAGUAAUUACCUAUGUAAAUUCCUAGUUUCUUCACUCUCACAUUUCAAUACAGUGUUCAAUAUCAAGCUGGGUGAAAAUUAAUGUAAGCAUUGGAAAAUUAGUAUGCAAGAUAAUUAUUUGGUGCGUGAUAUUGUAAAUUAUCCCUGUUUUAAAUUGUCCAAUUUCCAAUUUGUCUUUCAUCUGUGAUAUGCUUAAUAUUGUAUGUACGUUAACUAUUCCUAAAUGAUCACUUAUCACAUAGCUAGGAUUAAAGGACUGCACACAUAGCAGUCGGUAUUUACUCGGAGACCUCAUGUUAUUAGGAUUUUCUGCUUAUCAUUUGUGUUUUGUUUUAUUUGCCCACCGCAAAUAUUAGCAUUUUAUUGUUUGUUUAUCCAUAUAUAAAUAUAAACAUUGUCUACAGCUCAUCAGGUAAAAUUUGUUGAAAAUGUUUCAUUUUAGAACAUCAAUCUUUCCAUGUUCUUGUUUCACUUUGAGAAAAUACAUAUUAACUUCAUAGCAUACACAUUGUUUAGAACUUAAUAAAGUGUAUACAUAUUUAAAUGUUUCCAUAUUACCCUUCAAAAUGUGUUCUGGUAUGAAAAAUAUGUUUACCAAAAUAUUUAGUUUUUCAAUUGAUCAUGGUAAACAUCCAAUAUUUUUAUUCAGUGAUUUGUUAAAGACAACUAUAAUUUACUUUUAAUAGUACUUAAUACUACUUUCCUAGUAGUCAUUAUACUAUAAAUGGAUAUAGCCCUAUUCCUAUUUUUUUUUCUUCAGAAAUUUUGUGGUUGUGUUGAUUAAUCGACAAUUGUUUUCUUUUACUUCAUAAAUAAGGUUGUCUUACUAUAGGAGUAUGGGUUUUUAUAACCCUGUACUGUGGUUAUUUUCCUUGACCAAUAAUGGCAUUUUAAAAAGUGUAUCGCUCAUUUCCUCCUGAAGCUUUGUAUUCAGUAUUCAUACUCACCAUGCGAGCAAGCUAAAUGGCAUUUAAUUAUAAGGAAAUCCUUCUUGAUACUUCGCAUUUUUACCUCACAUGGCAUGUUAUCUCCCCUUGGUUCAGCAGCGUCAUAUGUUGCUACGGCAGAUUAUCUCCCCUUAAUGCAGCAAUUUAAUGUUGCUUCCCUUGAAGCAUUGGCAUGGCGAUCUUUUCUCACCUUGGUUGGGCAUUGUGGUGGCAGAUUAUCUCCCCUUGGUCCAAAACAUAACAUCCGGUACUUAUUGUUAUAGACAAUAUGUGUACUCCAUUGUCCCAAACAGGUCAGUAUCUCAUCUGCUAACUGAGACCACAGUUAUCAGCCUUCUGUGUAUUGAAGAUGGAUGAUAGCAGCUACAAAUUCCAUAGCGUCUCAAAAUUGUUUUGUGUCACUCACUCCAUUUAGACCAAUAAUACCAGGUAUGAAUGUCAUCUUGUGUCCGAGGGUCACGUAGUGUUUAUAAAUCUUUUUAUUCAGAUAUAUGUAUUUCAUUCACUAAACAAUCAUGUUAGUAAUUAAAAAUUGGUAUGUCAGGAACAUUGUUGAAAUACCUUAGCAAUAUGAAUAUUCGGGUUGAUGUAGAACAGGAUUUUUAAGUCCAUCCACAUUUAGCGUUUAGGCUCGAGACUGUUAUCAGUGUACAAUUAAUAACAUGUCUAAAAGUUAUACCUAAAACUGUUGGACUAUUACAACAGUAGACUUUACAAUCUAACUGUAGUUGACAUGUUUAGCAGUAUAGCUGGGUCUUGUUAUGUCACUUACAGAAUUUCUUUAUUUUGUAAUAUAAUGUUUCAGUUGUUUGGGGAUCUAUUCCACCAUUAACUAAUGCCUAUCUAACAACUUCUACACUAUGAGAGUACAGUUGAUGACACUGAGAUAGUAACAACAGUAUCUCAUUGAGGUGUCGCAAAUGUCGCAAAUAUAGACAUUUUGUACCUGCCUCGCACUUCUUGUUAGAACUCUUCAAAUCUGAAGAAUGGGAUAAGGUUUUUCAUUAUCUGUUUUAAUAAAAUGGAAGUUUCAACUAUGGUAUCAAAUUUAUAUAUAUUCAGAGUACUUUUGUCGUUGAUGCAAGACUUUCGGAAUGAGAUUUGUUUUACGAGACAUUACUGGUUAUCAGGCAAUGUAUCUUGUAAUGUGUUACCUGUGUAUCAGCCUGUUUUGAAGCUGUUUUAGUGUUCUCUGUUUUCUAUCUCCGUUGUUUAUUUUGUUUUGUUUUAUGUGCGAUUUGUAUCUGGUGCAUCUUACUGUAUUUAUUGUUUGAUAUAAAGAAAAUGAUUUAAAAUGAUUUAAUCUCUUGUGUAAGUGCUCUUGUCAAACAUUUUGGGUCAAUUUUAACAUUUUUUUUAUUUUUUUUUCUUAUUUUCCCUUAAUUACAGAUGAUGACAUGUCAGAUGGUAUUUGUUAUGUCUGACUUGGAUUUAAUACACCACAUAAAUCUUGCAACAAAAUCUUUACUUACUAAGUAAGUUUAUGGAAAUAAAAACAUCUAUUUAGUUGUUCAAACUAAAAACAGAGUUGCAAUUUGAAAGGAUUUGUUUCUCUCUAAAUUUUUAAUUGUUGUUUGGUUCAAAAGGAUCCAUAAAUGCUGACAACUGGCUCACGGAUUUACUUCUGUAUUCAAACACAAAAAUGUAGGAUAGACAGGGUCUCCUUGCAUAAUCUGACGCUGUCUUGUUAUUGUAGGGUUGAAUUUGAUAUACAGUUACAUAGAGUAAUCUCCCUCUAAAUUUCUGACCCUAGGACACUUAAUUUGAUAUACAAUAACAUAGAGUUAUCCCCCCUUAUAUUACACUGGCUUUAGAAGGGGAGAGUUUUAUACUUUUACAGCACACAUACAUGUUUGUUUUACUGAUAAUUGUUAAUGAUGUGCAAUAGUUAUGUGUAUACUUGUUUUCUUAUAUUUAUUUCUGUAUACAGAACUUGUAUACCGAUGAUGCGAGGGAGUAAACACCGAUAAUAUCAUUAAUUGACGGUUUCUGUUAGACCACCAAACUGGUUAUAGGUCAUUCUUUUAUAUACUUCUCCCUUCUAAACAGUGAAUACAGACAAGUUCUUUAUCAUUUGCCUGAAUUUGUUUCCUAGCCAGAAUUUUAUUGUGUGAAUAUCUUGGGCAAAAUAGGUAUGGUAUUUAUGUGGAAUAAUUGUAAGAGAUUUUAGAAUGUUUUUAAAGAAAAUGAAAAUGCAAGCCAAGUGACCAACCAUUUAGAAUGUGUUGUCAUGGCAGAUGUUUACAGUAACGAUGAAAUUUGUCAUGGUGUAUAUAUUCUUAGAUUGAUACAAAUGUAAAUGUAUAUCAAAAUAAUUAUUUAUGGAGGAAUAAAUCCUUGAAUAUCA